AUGGCCAAUCGGGAACAUGUAAGAGCUAUGUUUGAAGCUGCAGAUACUGACAAGUCAGGAAAGCUUUCCGCACAGGAAGUGAAGAGGCUCUUAGAAAAUGAUUAUGGCACUGACCUUUCAGACGACGUUGUUCAACAUUUCAUGGCAGAACAUGACUUAGAUGGUGAUAAUGAAUUUAGUAUUGAUGAGUUAGCCGAAGUAUUCGCCCCUGCAAAUUAA